UGUGUAUCAUAACCUAUCGUAUUAUUUCUUCUUCGUGUUGUGUAUCGUAAGUACAUCCCAAUAGCCCAUAUUUCAUGUGUCCUAUGAAAUUUUCUAUAAUAUUGUAAAGAGAUAUAAUAACCAUUUAAAAUGGAUGAUUUGGGCGAACCUAUGGAUGUAGAAAUGGUCCCAGUUAUUGAUGACAGUAAGACUGUUGAUCCUGACCAAACCAAUGUAAAAACAUUUAAUUCAAACAAUGUACAAGUAUCAGAGAUACAGUUAGAUAACCGUUACGAAAAUCGUGGCGGAACUUUUAUGACAGGUAUAGAUAUAUUCAGUAAAGAAGAAAAAUUGAAAAUGGAAGAGAGAGCUAAACGUUUUGGAUUAACAGAUAAAAUAAAAAAUAAUCUAACAAAUCAAGAACAAGAUUUAUAUUCUAGUAUGGGUAUUGUAGAAGACAGUGAAAAUACAAAAAAUAUCAGAUUGAAUGUAAUACAUAUGAGAGGAACAGAAGAAAUGAGUACCAAAGAUGUUUUCAAAUAUUUUGAAGAUUAUGCCCCUGCUUCCAUUGAAUGGAUCAAUGAUGUUUCAUGUAAUGUGGUAUGGUUAGACAAUUUAUCGGCAGCCAGAGCUAUGUUGGGAUUAUCAAAAAAAAUUGUGGGUUUAGAAAAGCAAAGAAGUACAAAAGCAGUUGAUGAUAAUCCUGAUGAAGAAAACAAUGUAACUAACAGUGAUUGUACCAUUGAAAUGGUAGAUGACAAUGAAACCAUAAACACUACAAAGGAUAUGGAUGACGACUACAUAAGUGUCAAGGAUAUUAAUUGUGCAUUACCUCCUGGUUUAUGGAGGAAGGGUAUAGAUUAUCCUAAAUCUAAGGCAAUAUUUCUUAGGUUUGCAACUAGAGCAGAUAAAAAGCAACCUAAUGCAGAAAAAAUGAGUGAAUAUUAUAAAAAAUAUGGAAACCCCAAUUUUGGAGGUAUUAAAGGGAUUUUGACUGAAUCUCGAAAACGAAUGUACAAACAAAUUAGACAAAGUAAAAGAAGAUUUAAAGAAGAGCCACAAGAUGAAGUUAAAGAUAGAAGACGCGUGAAAAAUCCAUGGGGUGCGUUAUCGGAAAGUUGGGGUCUUAAUGAUGCUAUAGAAAAUGAGUUCAGCACCAAAAAUGAACCUAGAGAUCAAGGACGUAGUAUAAAAGAAAGAUUAGGCGUAAGAUAUCCUCAAAAGGAAACUACACACAUUGAGGAACAACAGGGUACUUCAAGUAGUGAUAGCGAAGAUGAAUGGUGUAAAAGAAGUAAGGUAUUACGAAUGCGAAUGCAUGCAGACGAUGAAGAAGAAAAAAUACACAAACGACGUGCGAAACUUCGGCAACAAACAAUGUUAAACAAUUUAAAUAGAGGCAAUGAUUUACGAUCGAGACUCGGCAAAUCAAGAAAAGGAACGCAGUUCCGUGAUGCAAUUCAAGUAGUUGUAACGAAUACAAAUGCAACUAAAUCGAAUUCAUUAAAAUUGAAUGAUUCAGAGGAGGAAGACGGUGAAAUAAUAGAAGACAAUGAAAGUCAAGAAAAAGAAGAAGGUGAAUGGCAAGGAUCUGAUGAAGAAGAGCAGGAAGAGGAAGAAGAAGAUGAAGACAGUGAAGAUAGUGAUAAACCAGCAAAAGAAGUUCAAGGACCUAAGGGCAGUGUAAUAAAAGUAGUUCAACACAAACCUCGUGUUGCUUCUACAGUGUGGGCGAGACUGAACAAUGUAAAAAGCGAAAUUAUUGAUAAUUCUAUCAAAGACAGGCAACCAAGAGUAAGAGAUCUGAGAAGUACAUUAAAAGGUGAUCUUCGAUCCCGAAUUGGAAAUCAUACAAGAGGCCGCUCUCCUUUAAGGAUAGAAGUGAAAAAUGACAAAUAUACAGAAGGAAGUGAAACAGAAUAAUUGCUGAUUAAUCAAAUGAUUUGUCAUAAAAACUUGAAACAUGGUUGUGGUGUUAUGUUUCAGUGGAACAAUAUGGUAUGGUGCAAACUUUAUAAUUGGUGUAUAAAAGUAUAGA